AUCAAACAUGCUUCAGCAAAAAAAUGUAUAUGAAUGCGAGCAUGUGGACAUCAGGUGACGUUUUAUUUGUCAUUGACUCCAACAUAGUUACGCAUUCUCAGGUGAGAUUGCCUACGUGAACUUUGAACGCUUUAAAAUAUAUAUAUAAAUUUAUAUGCCACUAUAUCUUUUAAGCAUUUAAUAAUGCUUUAAGAGAAUAAAUAAUGAACAUCGCCUCUCAUUUGAAAUAUUGAUCUCCAUGGUAUCUUCAUUGCUUUAAUGCGUGUUCACAUUUCCACAAUUUCUCUGAUCUGCUGAGAUCUUAAUUUUCACGGCUGCAGGAGUACCCUUCAUUGGGCAUGCUCGGCGACGCACUCAAUGAAAACAACAUCAAGCUCAUAUUCGCCGUCAGCAGACCCCAAUAUGAACUUUACCAGAACUACUCAAAGUUGAUCCCUGGCUCAACGGCUGCUGUUCUAGAAACCAAGUCACAUAUCGUACCGAGCCUUAUCCUCAACAUGUACAGGGAGUUUACAUCCCAGCUGGAGCUGAUAGGAGACCUUCAGGACCUGUCCAUCGCUGUGUCAGAAACAUGCCAGGGUAAGGCCAAAGCAGGGCUAGAGCAGUGCCAAGAGGACGACGAUGAAGACACGAUACGUUUUAACAUCAGCCUGGAGGCCAUGGGAUGCCCCAGCAUGCAGCCACACCGCACUCUCGUCGUAAAGCCGCGUGGGUUCUUGCACUCUCUGCUGCUGUCCGUGCACAUCACGUGCAGCGGUGACCCAUGUGAUCAGACGCCUCCACCCAGGGACAGCGCCAACAUAGGAGGAGCCUUGACAGCACAAGUGGGGGCCAGAUUGAUCACCCAGGAGUUGGAAAGGGGAAACUGUAGCCCGACGACAAAGGACGGCUCGGAGAAGCCUGACAGGAACACGGAGCAGCUGCCCAGGACCGUGGUGGAUGACCGACUUGCGGAUGUCAAUUGUCCAGCUUCCAGCGGGCUCUUGUGUUCAGGCCGGGGAGUGUGCCACAUCGGGACGUGCCAGUGCCACAAGGGCUGCAUUGGGGGUGCUUGUCAGAGAGCCUGGAGCCCUGCUCGUGGCAGAUCAAGCAGCUCUUCGGAUGCCAUUCCACUCCGUCCAUCCCGCACUGAUGCUCGCAGGGACUGUGUGGAAUGCUGGCUGGAGAAGCGUGAGAUGCUAUGUGCACGGAGUGUGAAAAUCACUUUCUUGGACCAUCUAUCUGGAUGUCCAUGGCCCAUGCCCUGGUUGCGCACGUUCACGGCUGUGUGCGCUGGUGUCGUGGCUCUGGGGUUGCUUCCCUUCUUCGUCUGGAAAACGGUGGUCACGAUUGUGGACUGCAGGAGGACACCGUGGACGAGACAGCCGGUGCCGCCACGAAGCAGCACAGACACCUCAAGCACAUUCAGAAACAGAACCUUCCUUCUUUCGGAAAUGCAGAUGACCCCUGGGAUUUAGGUGAGGGAGAUUACUGUUUGUAUGUUUACCGGUUGAUGCUUCGUUUUUCAAAAAGCUGUACCGUUGUUUUUGCAUUAAUGUAACUUGUUUUUGUAUAAGUAGGGCUGCGAUUAGCCAUGCCAGUGCUGUUAUACUUUCCACAUGUUUUGAGAAUUCCAUUGAUACAAAUGUUUAAAUAGAAGUAGUAAAGGUAAGUUUUAAAUAUAUUGUGUAAUUCAAUUUAAAAUAUAAUUCAUGUGUGACAGAGCUAGCUAAAGCCAACUAGCAGUUAUUGAAAUAGUAAACUUUUUUACAAUAAAAAAGCAGGACGGAUCUAGAAACAGACAUGUAGAAUAAGUGCAUGUUGCUUAUUUAUAUACCCUUCUAACAACGUGUAUGUUUAAAAAACGAUUCAACACUAAGCCCGUAAAAAUUACGUUCCUCGGGGCAGCUAUGGGUGGGGCAGGCUGAGUUCAAGGGGGUUGUGACACCUCUCCAAAGUGGUAAACACGCCACAAGAAUCUGCAAUGCGGCCCGCAGCUAACGGCUAAGACCUCUUUGCAGGGAUGGCACCACCAAUGCUCUUCCCCCCAGGCUGCCUGUCCCAUCAUGAUGUACGCACACUGAUUUUGAGGCACCAGUGUUUGUUAUGACCUGACCUCAGCGCUCUAUAGGUCUCUCAAUGUCACAGACGAAAUGAAAGGUCAGGAGGUCAUGCCAGCAGAGGUUUUGCUAAGAUGUGCACCAUUGCGUUUGUCAAAAAAUACAUUGAAAUGUACACGUGUCCUCCUCACGGAGCUUCAGUAUGUACAGGAGCAAUGUUCCAUUUGAUGCUGUUUAUUUCUAGAAGCUUGUCGAAUUCCUGUAGAUGAUCCGUCUCCGUUGUGUCAUUCACGGAGGCUGAUGAUGGAUUGAUGGGUUAAGCCUCAGCAUGGAUGCUACCCCCAGGAGCCUGGAUUUGAAUGGGAUAAGUCCUCUGCUAGCAGUGUGAAUUAUUUAAAUGUUCCAUAAACACAGUUCUGGGCCGACUGUACAUUUACAACAUUGACGAUGUCCAAUCGGAAUUGUGGCACGACAAAAAGCAGAUGUCAAGGCUUUUUUUCGUAUCAAAAACCCGUGUCAUUCAUGGAGAUAUUAGAAUAAAAUUACAAUUUUGAAACGUUCAAGGUACAGUCCAGCAUUUAUUUGCUCACAGCACUACUAGAGGGAGCCCUAGAGAGCCCUCGGGAAACCUUAGUCUUCCACACUCGCCAGAUGUCUUGGACGAGGGUGAGUGGGAGUACACCCACCUUUACCCUACCACACGCAACGCACCGAUGAACUGUGGGUAGUCGUUCAUACUGCUGGGUGAAAAAGAGGCGAGAGAGGUGAUGUGUGUGUGGGGGGGUGCUUUUAAAAAGACGUGCCAAUUGUUUGAGCUGUUGUUGCGGGAGAUUGAACCGGCGGCCUCUGGACGGCAAAAGUCCAGUGUGCUCAUCAUUACACCCAUGGCAGCGUCACCGAAGCGCAUUAUUUGAAAGGGAAUGCUCUGCCUUCAGGUGACUCAGACUCAAAGGCAGACCUCUUCAGUUGUAUGUGCAUAAUUGAAGAGUGUGCGUACAAUAGCAUUCGAUUGCAAUGCGAAAAUACAACGAAUAUAUGAAUGCUGUUUACUCGCAGCAGAGUAACGAAUUGCAAUAAUGGAUAAAAUAGUGCACGCUGCACAUUAUUGAAUCUACUAGCACGAUGUGUUACAGUGUGCGCAUUGACAUGACAUAUACUGUACUUGCAUAUUACAUGCGUUUAUGUGUAACAGAUUUUUGUUUGUAGAUGGCUCAUUCAUAACAUCGUGCUCCCAGGUAGCUUUGGCUUAACAGGCCACAUGCAAAUGAUGAUAAUGAAUUGAGUCGAAACUGGUUUUAUUGCCUUGUUUAAAUGAACGCUCCUGGAAUACAUUGAAAUGGAAGACCCACGGUUCAAUUGAUCGAAUGCAAUCUGAUUUUGGUUCCUAUAUCUCAUCAUCAUCACCGGUCACUGCCAGAUGAAGGCCUUCUCAAGCCACCGCCAUCUCUCAUGUUUCUGUGAUGUAACAAUCCUGCACACAAACUGAUUUUACUGGUAGGAACCUCCUGGUUACACCAGC